GAGUGGAACAUUCCACCGUGACCCGGUAGAUGUCCGCGCGCCCCCUCCGCUCCUUCCUUUCCUGUGGCGGCCAUCGAGAGAAAUGGCAAAGAUCAAGGCCAGAGAUCUGCGCGGUAAGAAGAAGGAGGAGCUGCUGAAGCAGCUGGAUGACCUGAAGGUGGAACUGUCCCAGCUCCGCGUCGCCAAAGUCACUGGUGGUGCUGCCUCCAAGCUCUCCAAGAUCCGUGUGGUGCGCAAGUCCAUUGCCAGAGUUCUUACCGUCAUCAACCAGACACAGAAAGAGAACCUGAGGAAGUUCUACAAGGGAAAGAAGUACAAGCCCCUGGACCUGAGGCCCAAGAAGACUCGCGCUAUCCGCCGACAGCUGACCAAGCACGAGGAGAGCCUCAUGACCAAAAAGAUGCAGAGGAAAUCCCGCCUGUAUUCAGUCCGCAAAUUCGCCGUCAAGGCAUAAGGCUGUACUGCUGUUUUUCCACUUGAAUAAAACACCCCACCUUUGGACAAAACGCA